AUGGAUGCACAGCCGCCUUUCCUCUCGCUUCCUGCUGGCGCCCUGUUCGGCCCACUCCGGGUGUUACUGUCUCCGUCACCAACAUCAACAUCAACGUCAACAUCGACAACCACCCUAUUUUCCAUCACCAGCAUCCUCUCUACCAUCUCUACCGCCCUCGACAUUGGAUAUAAGGACCACAAAACAGACACAGAGACCGCACAAUUGACUGCAGAAACCGUCAUCAUGGCUGCGAUGGGAGAAAUGCUGCCGACUCUCUCUCCUCUCACUAGCCAGCCGCAGUCGUACGACGUCGCUGCAGACAUGGACUCUUUUCUCAACCUCGAGCCGACUAUGUAUCCCUCACCUUCGGUCUCGCCUGCUAACUCCGAUAGCAAGACUGCGAGCAAGCAUGGCUUCGUCCAGCACCAGCAACAACAACCUCAGCAGCAACCACAACAGCAGCAGCAGCAGCAGCAGCAGUCACCUCAGCAGCCUCAAUACACUGCCCCAAGUCACCAAUACACUCACUACACACAACAAACCGGCCUGCCGCCAGGCGGCCUUGCUAACACUAUCGCCCUAAACAACUAUGGCUUCGACCCCAUGGGCAUGGUGCAUCCUGUGGACGGCGUCUAUGGCCGAAUGGGACAACCGAUGAAUUCGUUGUCCACUUUACCAUUAAAGGACUCGACCGAAAUGGACCUCGAUGAGAAUCUGGCUGACUCAGAUGCCUACAUCGUGCCCUCUCAGGCUAACAAGACCCAGUUUGUUGACCCAAGUGCACUUGGUGCUCAGGAGAUUCCUCUUUCUGCCGCUGCAAACCAGACAAGACGUGUCUAUCCUGGCAUCCAUCAGCAGCAGGCCGCCAGAGCUAAGGCUGCCCUCCAGCAAAGGCAAGAGAUGCUUCAGCGUCAGCAGCAGCAGCAGCAGCAACAACAACAACAGCAUCAACACCAACACCAUCAACAACCACUACACCAGCAACAAUCUUCACAGCAAAGACAAACCCCCGAGGCUCAUCAGAAUCGGCCUCAGAGUAAAUUCAACCGCAACAUGGAUCCGCGCGUGCAGGAGAAGAUCUCCCACAUACUUCAACAGAUGAGACAAAAUAGUGUCAGCAGCCUGGAAGAGACUGAACAGACUAGCAGUCUCCCCCAACCUACCAAGUACAAGAAGGAUGAGCAAGAUAUGGAUGAGGACGAGCGAUUGCUUGCAAGUGAGGAAGGAAAGAAACUCAGCAGCAAGGAACGACGCCAGCUCCGUAACAAGGUCUCAGCCCGUGCUUUCCGAUCAAGACGUAAAGAGUAUAUUGGCCAGCUUGAAGGCGAGGUGGCUGCUAAGACUAAUGAAGCCAACGAGCUCCGCCAGAAAAACAACGCCCUAGCUCUGGAGAAUGCCAGACUCACCGAUUUCACCCGCAUGCUCCUCUCCUCUUCUCACUUUGCGCCCUUGCUUAGCGAAAUAUCUGCGAACGGCCUUCCACCAAACCUAGGGUCUCAGUCUCAACCUCAGGUCCAAACUCACACCACUCCAGCGCCUCAGCUUCCCAGUCAGCCCACCGGGACCAAGGAAGCAGGCAUCGAACAGCCCCACCAGGAGGUAUCGGUUCCAAACCUACAGACGGGCCUUCCGGUCGUUCCGGAGCAAGCCUUUGACUUCGCUUCGAUUGACCUCAAUGACCAGGGUUGGAACUCGGGCAUUGACUUUAACUUCACCAACCCAUCCGUGUUUGCCGUUGUUGAUGUUCCUACCUGCCCAUCUCUGGACAUGGAGGCAAUCACGGGCAAAAGCUCCAACUCUGUUGGCCCCGUGACCUCUGAUGAAACCAAAGAAGUUAUUCCUUCCAUCGACACUGUGUCCUUCGGCAUUGACAAUUCGGAAGCUCCUAAAAAGGAAGCCUCUAUCCCUGUUUCUGCUGCUGAUCUUGACAUCGAUGAGAAUGACCCUUGCUUUGCCCUUUACCUUGAUCAGCCAUGCACACCCCCCACCUCCGAUCAAACCUCCGACAAGGUGUUCACCACUGUUAAGCUAGACGAUAUCUCCUCCAAGAUUGAGCUUGUUGUUGAAGGCUCUUCAUCAAACAACACUUCUGAUGAGAUCAGUGCUACCACAAAUCGCGAUUUUGAAAGAUUGUGCGCCAACAUGGAAGCGUCCUGCCACUAUAUCUUCCAAGCCACCUCCCACUUUGUCUAA